GAAACCAUGUCUGCCGCGGAGGGAGCCGUCGUGUUCAGCGAGGAGCAGGAGGCGCUGGUGCUCAAGUCAUGGGCCAUCAUGAAGAAGGAUUCUGCCAACCUCGGGCUCCGCUUCUUCCUCAAGAUAUUCGAGAUUGCGCCGUCGGCGAAGGACAUGUUCCCGUUCCUACGCAACUCCGACGUGCCGCUGGAAACCAACCCCAAGCUCAAGACCCACGCCGUCUCCGUCUUCGUCAUGACGUGUGAGGCGGCUGCGCAGCUGCGGAAAGCCGGCAAGAUCACCGUGAGGGAGACCACCCUGAAGAGGCUGGGUGGCACGCACCUGAAGUACGGCGUGGCCGACGGCCACUUUGAGGUGACAAGGUUCGCUCUGCUGGAGACGAUCAAGGAGGCGGUUCCCGCUGACAUGUGGGGCCCGGAGAUGAAGAACGCGUGGGGCGAAGCUUACGACCAGCUCGUCGCCGCCAUCAAGCAAGAGAUGAAGCCUUCUGCUUAGGCGCAUGCAGCUCUCCGCUAUAUACCACCAUUCUAUUUCCAUCCACGAUCCGUCGAACCAUUGUUGCUUGGUCGGCGAUUCACUCGCGUCACCAUCACUUGCUGUUCUAAUGUUCCUCAGUGGAAAAAAAGAGUGUGUGUAUAUAUUAU